GCGGCGCAAAACCCUUCCAGACCCUUCCACCUUUCUCUCUCUCCUCCCUGAAAACUUCUCGCCGCAAAUCCAUUGUUUCUCCUCGUCUCUCGCCUCGAUUCCGGCCGAAUAAGAUGGCGGCGGCCGCGCGCCUCCUCGCGCGAAUCUCCAGACAGGGCGUCGCCUCCUCUGCGGCGUGGGUGACGCGGGGGCGGCCGGACGCGGCGUCGCUCCUUGGGGCGUCCGCGCUGGCUGCGGCGGAGCCUUGCGCCUCGAUCAAGGUCAUUCCUAAGUUAAAUCAACCAGUGCGAUACUCAACAUGGCCCUUUCAAAGGUUUGGAUUUUCAACUUCUGCCCCUCAACAAGAUGAUGGAGGAAAUAAAAGUGCUGGGGCGAAUACUGAAGCUUCAAAUGAAGCCAAUAACGUGCCUGGAACUGAGAAGGCACAGGAAGCAGGUUCCCAAGAUUCCAUAUCCCAACGUAACCCGAGGAGGAGAGCUACUAAACGAACUGCAUUUUCUGAUUCAGAUUCAGAAGACCUGGACCUAUCAAGGGAGGACCUCGUGAAGCUACUUCUUGAGAAAGACGAAUUGUUGAAGUCCAAGGAUGAGGAGAUUAAAGAUAUGAAGGAUAAGGUAUUACGCAGCUAUGCAGAGAUGGAGAACGUCAUUGCCAGAACAAAGCGUGAAUCUGACAACUCCAAGAAGUAUGCCAUACAGAGCUUCUCCAAGAGCUUGUUAGAUGUUGCGGACAAUUUGUCUCGGGCAUCAUCUGUUGCUAAGGAAAGUUUCUCGAAGAUAGAUACAUCUAAUAAUUCUGAUGAAGCUGUGCCACUACUAAAAACCCUACUAGAGGGUGUUGAGAUGACUGAGAAGCAACUUGGAGAGGUCUUCAAGAAGUUUGGAGUUGAAAAGUUUGAUCCUCUGAAUGAAAAAUUUGAUCCAAAUAAGCACUAUGCUCUUUUCCAAAUACCUGAUCCUUCAAAACCAUCAGGGACUAUUGCUGCGGUUGUGAAGGUUGGCUACAUGUUACAUGAGCGUGUUCUCCGUCCUGCUGAAGUUGGUGUCACUGAAGGUGGUCCAAUUGAAGAAGAGCCAGAGGAGAAAUGAAGCAAGUCCGAAUAAACUCAGAGUGACUGCCCUUUUUUGCUUGGAUGAGCAUAUUUCAUAGGUUAUGUCUUAAGCAGAUUUGUAGUACAAAUCACCAUUUUUGUUAUGAUGAGCAUGUUCAUCGAGCCAAUUUGUUCUACUAGUCCAGAAAUUCGUCGUUUUUUAUCCGGUCAGUACUAAAAACAUGAUUGGAGCCCAGGUACGUUCCUGAAAUUGUUGGCCAGAGAUGAGUACAUGCGGCAUAAACAGGAAUACUGACAUGAGCAUGGCAUUCAGGUUUGUGCUUUGAACGAAACGCUCCCAUCAGACUGAAUACUAUACGAUCGUGGUUUGUUGA